UGCUACCCCGGGACCUAGCAUGCUACACAGGCGUUUUUGUCUUUUUGGCUAGCUUUUCGACGGACACUCGGAAUUAGUGGGAACAAAUGUAACUACUAACAGAAAGCCACGCAUUGUGACCGUUCUGGUUUUCAUUUUGGGAAGUGACAUUCAGCGUGUGACACUCUCUGACUGUUUCCCUCGGCGGCUGUCACGCACGCUUUAUGCUAACGUUAGCUUCCCGGGUGCGCGUUGUUUUGAGAAACAUUGACUGCGGAAGUGUUUCAACAAACACACGUGGGAUAAUGUUUCUCUUCUUGCACUUGUCGUUUUUCUGAUGGAGAUACAUUUGUGGUCUGACAUCUCUCUACUGGAGAUCAACGCAGAGCAGAAUGGGUCAUGCGAGGGAGCGGUGGUGAUCCUGGAUGCUGGAGCCCAGUAUGGCAAGGUGAUCGACAGGCGGGUGCGAGAGAUGUGCGUACGCUCUGAGAUCCUCCCUUUAGAUACCCCGGCCUUCGUCAUCAAAGAACAGGGCUACAGGGCGAUCAUCAUUUCAGGAGGUCCUGCUUCUGUGUAUGCCGAAGAUGCCCCCCGGUUUGACCCGGCCAUAUUCACAAUGGGAAAGCCUGUCCUUGGGAUUUGCUAUGGGAUGCAGCUGAUGAAUAAAGUUUUUCUCGGCACAGUACACAAAAAGAGUGUACGGGAAGAUGGAGUGUUCACUAUUGGACUUGACAACACUUGUUCUCUCUUCAGGGGUCUUCAGAAGGAGGAACUGGUCCUGCUGACCCACGGUGACAGUGUGGAUAAAGUGGCCGAUGGCUUUAAAGUGGUGGCCCAAUCGGGGAGCAUCAUCGCCGCGAUUGCUAACGAACAGAAGAAGCUCUACGGGACACAGUUUCACCCCGAGGUCGACCUGACGGAGAGAGGCACAGAGAUGCUGCGUAACUUCUUGUUUGAGAUUGCAGCAUGCACCAGUAAUUUCACCGUACAGAACCGCCAACAGGACUGCAUCAACGAAAUCCAAAAAAAAGUAGACAAGUCUAAAGUGCUUGUGUUGCUGAGUGGCGGCGUAGACUCAACAGUUUGCACUGCUCUCCUCAACAAAGCGCUUGACCGGGACCAGGUGAUAGCAGUUCACAUCGACAAUGGCUUCAUGAGGAAGAGAGAGAGUCAGAGUGUGGAGGAGGCCCUCACCAAGCUCGGCAUCAAGCUCAAAGUGGUGAACGCAGCUCACACCUUCUACAACGGAACGACAACACUCCCCAUCUCCGACGAGGACAGGACGCCACGGAAACGCAUCAGCAAGACUCUGAAUACGACCACCAACCCAGAAGAGAAAAGGAAAAUCAUCGGAGAUACAUUUGUCAAUGUGGCAAACAAAGUAAUCGGGGAGAUGAAUCUGAAGCCCGAAGAGGUUUUCCUGGCCCAGGGAACCUUGCGGCCUGAUCUCAUUGAGAGUGCCUCUCAUCUGGCCAGCGGCAAGGCGGCUGUCAUCAAAACGCAUCACAACGACACCGAGCUCAUCCGCAAACUCAGGGAUGAGGGAAAAGUAAUCGAGCCCCUGAAAGAUUUCCAUAAAGAUGAGGUCAGAGCACUGGGGAGAGAGCUGGGCCUUCCCGAGGAGAUCGUCUGCAGACAUCCUUUCCCUGGUCCCGGUUUGUCUAUCAGAGUUAUUUGUGCAGAGGAGCCAUACAUCUGUAAGGACUUUGCAGAAACAAACAACAUUCUCAAAAUCAUCACAGACUUCUCUGCAAGUGUCAAAAAGCCCCACGCCUUGCUGCAGAGAGUCAAGUCGUGCAUGUCGGACGAGGAGGAAGACAAACUCAUGCAGAUCACCAGCCUUCAUUCACUCAAUGCCUUCUUGCUGCCCAUCAAAACUGUCGGCGUCCAGGGGGAUUGCCGGUCCUACAGUUACGUGUGCGGUGUCACUAGUAAAGAGUCCCCACACUGGGAGUCUCUCAUGUUCCUGGCUCGGCUCAUCCCUCGCAUGUGCCACACUGUCAACAGAGUUGUGUACGUGUUCGGGUCUCACGUGAAGGAGCCGCCAACAGACAUCACCCCGACCUUCCUGACCACAGGCGUUCUGGGGACACUCAGACAGGCGGACUUUGUAGCUCAUGCUAUCCUCAGAGAGUCUGGCUACUCCGGUAAGAUCAGCCAGAUGCCGAUCAUCUUGACCCCGCUGCACUUUGACCGCGACCCUCUGCAGAAACAGCCAUCGUGCCGGCGCUCCGUGGUGGUCCGCACCUUCAUCACCAGCGAUUUCAUGACCGGCAUCCCCGCCCAGCCCGGCAACCACAUCCCGGAGGAGGUGGUGCUGAAGAUGGUGACUGAGAUCAAGAAGAUCCCCGGCAUCUCCAGAGUCAUGUAUGAUCUGACCUCCAAACCACCUGGCACCACAGAGUGGGAAUAAAACUCAACAUGACGUCAUGCCGAUAGGACACACACACACACACACACACUCAACAGAUAUCAGAGAUUGCUGGUGAAUUCCUCCUUUUCUGUCCACCUCUCCCUCCUUCUGUCUCUUCAACAUUCCCACGGAAGGCAGACCGUACUGUGACAGGCGCACAUGCAAAGGCGCUGCUACUCUGCUCCUCCCUGGUCUUAUUACUUUUUACAAAUGGGAUUGAAUAUCGUUGGGUAUUAAUAAUAUAUUGUUGCUUUUGAUCCACGUACAUCAAUGUCUUUCCUCUUUAUGAUGAAAAGGUCAAUCCCUGCUUCAGAUUUUUUUUUUUUUUAAAGAUCACCCAUUAAAGGCAAGUGGUGAAAAGCUGUGAAAAGUUUAAUAAGUGGACAUGUGUGUUGUGCCUCAGGUUGCAUGAUGGGAGGAAGGAAACAUAAAAACAAAAAACGUGUCACCAACAUCUGUUUUCUGCCUUUUUUGUCAAAAGGUUAUCGUUUCACAGUUGUGGGUUGAAAUAUUCUUUAUUUGUCCAUUAUAAGUUUCUGCCUUUUUUUUUUUUUCUUCUGCGCUGCCUGCUUUUAAUAUAAAAACCAAACGGGCAACUCAUGUGACCAAUCAAUAACUUUUAAGCUUUUUGUUUUGCCAAAAGUAGAAUGUGACGAUGCAUUGCAACAUUUGUGGGGCUCCUCUCCUGACCGUCUCCUCUCUGGGCUUCGUUCUGAGCUGCCGGCUUGUUGCUGUGCCUGACGGCGGGUGGGGGGGGCGGCAGGAAACGCAGGAGAAGCUUCAGUGUGCUGAUUGGUGGCAGGAGGCCAAUACAACUUUGUACGUGCCCGCUCUGUUGUUGUUGUUGUUUUUUUUUGUUUAGCUCUCGAUGUGACCCAACUUGGACUUCAAUGUUUCCGGAAAAGAGGAUGCAAUACAGUUUCUCUUUAUGCGGUGAUAUGUAUGCUUUUAAUGAACAAUAAACAAGACGAGAGGAUUAAAUAAUGACAAAAUUAUAAGUACCGUAGAGUUUAUUGCCACAUUGUGUAAAAUGCAAAUGUCUUCAUAUCCUUAUUCGGCUGCUCUUUAGUUGUGCAGGGGCACAUCUUUGCCCACUCUGUCACCCAUAAAGACAGCCUUGGUGCAGAACUAUGCGUCCAGUGGGAACUUCAGCAUAUUUAAGUUGUUCACUGUGUGGGGUCAAAGGUCAGGUAGACUCCUGCCAUCUCUUAACAAGUGCACCGUGUCACAAAAAAGGCAUUAUCUGCUUGAUUCAUUGCCGUUGUCAAAACAUGAAGCACCUCAUCUGUAGUCCUGUCACUUCUUAGUGGUUACGGUGCUCAGGUUUAACUGAGAUUUUAAAAGUGUAUUGUAGCAGAGUCAUUUCACUCAGACGCGGUGGUUGUCACGGUGCCAGAGUUUGUCCUUGUGCCUCUCGGUCUGUUUUCGUCCUACCUUGUAGAGGCAUAAACUGCUAAUACAAAAUGAAAAGUUUUCUAUUCUGGUCUUAACUGCUAUUAGUGUCCCCCUGUUUGGUCUUUAUUGGUGUGUAUUUCUGUUGCGUAUGUCCACAUAG